AUGCUACGAUUAACUUCAAAAUCCCUCUUCAUCAUUUUUCUUCUACUCGCUUCUUCAUGUCUUCUUUCCAGUUCUUACCCUCUAUCAACCCAGAACAAGUGGAUCUUGGACGAAUCCACAGGACGCAGAGCCAAAUUCGCGUGUGUGAACUGGGCAGGUCAUCUAGAGCCUAUGAUCCCUGAGGGUUUUCAUAAGCAGCCACUGAAGCAUAUAGUGGCUCAGAUCGCUCAACACAAGUUCAAUUGCGUUCGUCUCACAUACGCCAUUCACAUGUGGACGCGUCAUGGCAAUGAUACUGUUGGAGACACUCUUCUUCAUUUGGACUUACCAGACGCCAUCCAAGGCAUGGAGAAAAAUAACCCUUCGUUCUUGGAGAUGACUCACGUGCAGGUGUUUGAAGUUGUGGUUCGUGAGCUUGGGGCUCACAAGGUUAGGGUUCUGCUGGAUAACCAUGUGAGCAAACCCAAAUGGUGCUGCAACGAUGAUGAUGAGAAUGGGUUUUUCCAUGAUCGCCACUUUGAUCCCGAGGAGUGGACACAAGGGCUUACCCUAGCUGCCAAGCAUUUUGCUGGCAAUUCCGCUGUGGCAGCAAUGAGCUUGAGGAAUGAGCUACACGGUCCACGCCAAAAUCAGGGAGAUUGGUACAAGUAUAUGAGCCACGCAGCCAGAGCCAUACACAAAGCGAACCCACAAGUCCUAGUGGUGAUCUCAGGAUUGAACUACGAUACCGAACUUCAAUUUCUGCGGAAAAAAGCCCUGAAUCUAGACAUAGGUAAGAAGCUGGUGUUCGAGACUCAUUUGUACUCGUGGUCCGGGAUAGGAACCCUAAAAUUAGACGGCAUAUGGACGAAGCAACCAUUGAACAGAAUCUGUGCCCAAAGCGCAAAGGGCAUAGAUUACAGAGCUGGGUUCGUGACCACGGGCGAGAAUGCCGUUCCUUUGAUAUUUACUGAGUUUGGGUUUGAUCAAACUGGGGGUUCUGAGGAAGAUCUCAAGUUCUUGACUUGCAUUCAGACAUACCUUGCGGGAAGAGACAUGGACUGGGGCUUGUGGACCCUGCAAGGAAGUUAUUACAUGAGAGAGGAGCGAGUGGACGUUGAAGAUACCUUUGGAGUGUUGGAUUCAUCUUGGAAUCAGCUAAAAAAUCCUAACUUAACUCAGGUGCUUCAACUUCUCCAAAGGACGAACCAAGAUCCUGGUUCCAAACUCCCACAACAUUCUAUAUUGUACCACCCUCUAAGUGGGCAAUGUGUGACUGUGAACGAGAAGGACGAGGUUGAAUUAGGAAGCUGUGAAAACAAAAGCAGAUGGCACCAUGCCAAAAAAGGAAACCAAAUCCUAUUGGUUGGCACCGACAAGUGCCUAAGUGCAAAUGGUGAAGGCCUUCCUGUGCUUGUCUCUGCUGGCCAUAACUGCAACAGCCACAAAAGUGCUUGGAAAUCCCUUUCUCUCUCGAAGCUUCAUUUGGGUAUUAAGCAGGAGAAUGAUCAUCACUUGUGCUUGCAGAAAGAUUCCAACACAUCGGCCAUCGUCACUGCCAAAUGUAUCUGCAUUCGUAACGAGGAUUCUUUGUGUUUGGAUGAUCCUCGGAGUCAAUGGUUCCAGUUCGUUCCCGCCAAUGUCUAG